GCCCGGCAGACCUUUGACGUGGUGAACGAGUUUAUCGAGGCGCUGAAAGGGGGGGGUUUCCCAGAGCUGCGCAGUAUGCUGUGCAUAGGGGGGAUUGAUAUGCGGGAGCAAAUGGAUGUGGUUCGGAAGGGGGUCCAUAUAGCGGUGGCGACUCCUGGGCGGUUGAAAGACCUGCUGGCAAAGAAGAGGAUCAACCUCGACAUCUGCAAGUAUCUGUGUUUGGAUGAGGCGGAUCGGUUGGUCGAUCUAGGGUUUGAGGACGAUAUCCGGGAAGUGUUUGACUACUUCAAGUCACAGCGCCAGACGCUGUUGUUCAGUGCGACCAUGCCUAAGAAGAUCCAGAACUUUGCAAAGAGUGCUCUGGUCCAGCCGGUUGUAGUGAACGUCGGGCGAGCGGGCGCGGCGAAUCUGGAUGUGAUCCAAGAAGUUGAGUACGUCAAACAGGAGGCGAAGAUAGUGUAUCUGCUCGAGUGUCUGCAAAAGACCCCCCCACCGGUGCUCAUUUUUUGCGAGAACAAGGCUGACGUGGACGACAUCCACGAGUAUCUUUUGCUCAAGGGGGUGGAAGCGGUCGCCGUCCAUGGAGGUAAAGAUCAGGAGGAGCGGGACCAGUCGAUCCAGGCGUUCAAAAGCGGGAAGAAAGACGUUUUAGUGGCGACGGACGUCGCGAGUAAGGGGCUCGAUUUUCCGGACAUCAAGCACGUGAUCAACUUCGACAUGCCUGGGGAGAUUGAAAACUACGUGCAUAGGAUUGGGCGUACAGGGCGGUCGGGAAAGACGGGGAUCGCCACUACCUUCAUCAACAAAAGCCAGGACGAGACGAUUCUGCUGGAUCUGAAGCACUUGUUGAAAGAAGCGCGGCAACGGAUCCCCCCCUUCAUCGCUAGCAUAGAAGACCCCAUGGACGAGAUGGAAGCCUUGCAGGAGGCCAGCGGGGUUAAGGGGUGCGGUUACUGCGGGGGUUUGGGUCACCGAAUCGCAAACUGUCCCAAAUUGGCACAGCAGCGGAAGCAGGCAACGCCCGAUGCGGGGAGG